AUGGACAAGAAGGGCAGUGGCGACCUCUUCGACGACCUGUUUGGCUUCUCCAAAAGCCGUCCAUCACCGCCGCCGCGUCGAGAGGCAGUAGACUUGGACGCCAUCAUCGACUCUGACGAUGAAUUUUCUCUCCCGGACACCCCUCCUCGUCCCACUCCUCCUCCUGCCACGGAGAAAAUUAAGUCUCCCACGCAGGUCGGAGGUGGUGCUGCAGAUGAGGGGGGAGGAAUAUCAGGAGGGGGAGCAGCAGCAGCAGAGCCGAGGGAAGCGGACGGCCACGACUACGCCAAGAUCAAGAGCAAGAGCAUGAGCAAACCAAAGUUCGACCAGACAGAGCUCGAGGUCUUCCCGCAGGACUGCCCCGCCAUCGUGGUGCCCGAACACCUCCACAUCUUCGCCAAGGUCAAAGCGCCGCCAGACGGUGUGAUGGCGUACGGCCCGAGGGCUAAGAGCGUUACCCCAUCCAGAAAUCGCUUCGUCAUCCUGCAGUUCUUGCCACUCUGCCUGACGUGCCACGCCAAGCCGGAGACGCCGUACGCGUGCGUUCGCGGCAAGCCCGUCGAGAGCGUGCUCCCCUACAACACGGUGAUGGCCGGCAAGAAGGCCGGCCAGGACCGCGCGCUUGGCCCCGAGGACUCUUGGGCAGACGCCGAUUACCACUUCCGGAAAGCCAAGGGCAAGAGCAAGCAGCUUUCCAAGCAGAACUGGGACGUUACGCUGGAGCACGCGCAGAAGUUCCUGAGCCGAGCGUUGGAGCUCAAGGCCAAGAAAGUCCAGGAGGACGAGGAGGAGAGCCGCAGGGCGGAGCAGGAGCUAGAGCUGCGGAGACAGCAGAGGGAGUUGGAGGAGGAGGAGGAGGGAGAGAGCUCCGCUGGCGAAGACGGGGGCGAGGGCGCCGACGACGACAUCCCUAAGUACUCCAGCAAAUCGGUCCAAAUGGAGAGGGGCCUCCCCCUUGCACCUGGCGACAGAAUCUUCUACUGGGACAGGACGAAAAUUGUUGGGUUGGCUUCGUCCAGACGGGAAGCGACGAUCUUGGAGAUUCGGGGCAAGAAGGCGGCCAAGGAAGCGAACGUCGAGCUACUCGUGCUGGACAACCAUCAAGUGGUAUUGAACGAUUGGGUCAUCCAGAGAUACAUCAAAGACGAGGACACCGGAGAGAUGCAGUUGGACUACCGCGGAGCAGAGGUUCACCACUACAAACUCAAGAGGGGGAAGUUGGAGGGCGUCGACCAGCGCAGGCACGAACGGAUGGAGACCCUGGUGGAUGGGUUCCGGAAGAGCAUCACCGCUUACGGCGCCGGGGAUCAGCUGCGCAAUGCACCAAAGCGCCGCAGCUGCGAGAGCAGCGGCGGCGGCGGCGACAGCAGCGACGCUGACGAUGACGCCACUGGAAGGAGCCGGAAAAGGAGCAAGGCAGCAGCGAAGAAGGCGCAGAGCUCGACAACGGCGGCAGCUGCGAAUGGCGGAGGAGGUGCUGCCAGCGUUGCAUGCGGCAGUGGUGGUGGUGCUCGCUCCGUGGGGCGAAAGGAGUCGCCGCUGGGGGAAGAGGAUGCUGGUCACGCGAUCGCAGCGUCGAUCGCCAAGUCCAAGAAAAGGACGAAACCAAAGGUGCGGGUAGAGCCGGAGAACGAGCAGGAGACAAAGGGCACGGACGAUGAGCAAGAGGUUGAGGAUGUUUCGGAAGCGUCGAUUGCCGAGGCCAAGAUGAAGCCAAAGGCACGGGCAGAACCGGAGAGUGAACAACAGGUGAAGAAGAAGCAGGAGAAGGGCACGGACGAUGAGCAAGAGGUUGAGGAUGUCACGGAAGCGUCGAUCUCCAAGGGCAAGAAGAAAACGAAGCCGAAGGUGCAGGCUGAACCGGGGAAGGAACAAAAUGUCAAGAAGAAGCAGGAGAAGGGCACGGACGACAAGCCAGAGGUUGAGGACGUUACGGAAGCCUCGAUCGUCAAGGCCAAGGAGAAAAUGAGGGCAAGACCGGAGAACCAACAAGAGAUCAAAAAGCAGGAGGCAACGACGAAGGGCAGGGAGAACAAGCAAGAGGUUGUGGAUGUUUCGGAGGAAGCUGAAGGUGAAGGAAAGGAACGGGGACAAAGGGUGUCCAAGGCAGCUCCAACAGCAGCAGCAGCAGCAUCAGGAAGGGGGGGGCACGCGAACGAUUCCAGCAGCGAGAGACGCCCGGAAAAGGAAGUCGAGAGGGUGGGCCAGAAGAUCAAAGAGAAAAGGGAAAAGGGGCGAGAGGCAGAGGCACAGGAGGGCGCUGUUGGACCGUCAAAAAAGAGGAGCGGCGGCGACGGUGGGAAGGGGGGUGGUGACCGCAACCGGCAGGCCCCCGCCCCCAUUCAAACCUUCCCGAGCAGGGGCGGUGGCGGCAGCAGCAAUAACGUCGAUGGCGGCGCCGAGUCCAGGGAAACGAACAAGCGCAAGAACAGACCUCCCGCUCUCCCAGCCGCGUCAUCAGGGGAGGCGACCACAGGGCGGCAGGAGUACAUGACGGUACAGAAGAAGCCGAAGCUUAACGUGGGGCAAGGCGGCCGUAGCAGCGCCGCCAACGGGUACGUGAUACCGAAGAAGACGCCCGAGCGGGACGCGUAUUGGAUACCCAAGAAGAAGCAGGGCGGCGGUAGCACCGACCUCGAGUGGCGGGUAGAGAAGAAGUCGCCGGAGCACGGCGGCGGCAGUACCGGCGGCGGCGGGUGGAGCGAGUCGCAGAGGCGGCACAUGGCGUUCACUCACGAUGCUGCCAGGCGGAACAAGCUCCCCAAGUUUAAGCAACCGAGGCCGAGGGCGGGCCAACGAGACGGCUAGCCGGUUCUCCAGGCGGUGAUGAGGACAGUCGGAGAGUAGUGAGCCACGC